AAUAAAUUAUUUUUUGUUGUUUAGUAUUAUUUGGUUUACUGGUACAACACAGCUAUUCAACUAUUUACAGUACUGUUAAUAAAGGAUUAAUGUAGUUUUAAUUUUAGUCUUUCAACCUAUGUAGAGAAUACAGGAUGCAGGGAAUAAAUACAACUGCUUUAUUUUAGUUCCACUAUUGCAAACUCCUAUAUUAUUAUUUUUGGUCAUGAUGUUGGGUGCUUUUCUUUAUAUCUCAAACAUUAGAACAAUGCAUGAUUUAUCUUCUUAAACAAUAUUCUUGUCCACAUUGUUACAGAGAAAACUUGAAAAGGUCAAGCAAAUCAUGAGCUUCAGGAAGCUCGAUGGCAAAAAAAGUAGUAAAAGUUACUAUUGCAUUAUUUUCUCAAAUACAAUACCACUAAGACACGUAUGCUUUUUUUAAGAACCAGACUAUUCCUUGUGAAUAGCUUUUGAAAUAGCGUAAAAUUCUUUUAUCAAACCGAAAGCAUAAUUAAAUGCUCUUGAUAAAUCAUACCAUUAAUCCAGAACAGCAUCUCACUUGAACAAAAAAAUUCUCACUUUCCUCCUUUUUUCGCAUUUAUCGCAGUUAUUUAAUUGUCACAUAGCAUUAAAAGCAAAUAACCGUGCCUUUUUUUCCUCCCUCUUAAAAGCUAGUAUUUUUUUUUUCAGUAAAACAGUUUAUAUCUCACAUCAUAUUUACCUUUAUUCAUAUGAAAAUUUAUGCUCUUACAGUACAACUUAACAAGAACAUGUUGGAAACUUACUGUGAAUCCUGAACUACAACUUUAAAACAACACUGAGCAGUACACCAUACCAACAGCACUGUAUAGCACAACUACUUUGCAGGAAGGAAACAGGAAAUAUGGAUUGUGGAGGGAAAAAGUAUAAAAUGGAAUAUGUUCAUAGAAGCUUUUCUAUAGUACAUGCUUUCCCUCAAUCUUUAUAAGGUUAAUUUUUUUACUGUUUUUUAACUUCACCCUCCCCAGAGGACCAAUGAUUUGCGUAACUAAAUCACUGUAGUUGAAAAUGCACUAUGAACUAAUGACCUCUGUAAUAUUUUUUGAAGUCUUACUCUUUUUUUUUUUUUUUUUUUUAAUGGGAACUGGUAACACUGAAAGAAUCUUGCAAAUAAUUUUGAAGUGAUUUUAACAAAAGAAGAAAUCGCUUCACAGACUUAUGACACAACAUCUACAGAAACUGAUGAUGUGGCACAAACCUUUUUUUUUUUUUUUUUUUACUGACAAAUCAGAAGAGGGGCUAAGGCUAUUAUUUCGCUUUGCCUUCCCACAAGGCUCCUCACCACAAAAUAUGGCUUAGAGAUCCUUUGUUCCUUCAGCUGUGUUAGGCUAUUUCUCAGAAGAUUUCACCAGUACAGUAUCUUGCCGCCCUGUACAACUUGAGCUUCAGAGACUUCCACAGAAGCAUCAAGAAAACAUGGAAGAAAGUCCCCUGAUUAAGAAACAUGAAUGUCAUUAAUAAAAAACCCUGAGAAUAUCUGCUUUCCUCUGCCUCAGGGUUCCCAUACUAUACUGAUACAACACAUCAAGGUAAAUAUGGGGAUUCUGAGCCAGUUAUCCAUCGUUCAUUUCCUCUGGGCUGCCAUGGUCUUUUCUCAAUAUGAAGACUAUGAUUUUGAGGAUGAGUUUGAUGAAGAGCCAAUUCAUCAACAUCCAUAUUAUUUUAAUCCAAAUACACAAGCUCAAGUUCCUCGCUUCCCUUUUCCGUUUGAGUGCACCAGAGAAUGCUUCUGUCCACCAGCUUUUCCAUUAUCAAUGUACUGUGAUCAUCGUAAACUUAAGACAAUACCAAAUAUUCCUAGACACGUCCAACAACUUUAUCUACAAAACAACGAUAUUGAAGCUGUACCUGCAGGACCAUUCACUAAUGUUACCUUCUUAAGAGAAAUUAAUCUCAGCCACAACAAAAUAAAGUUUCAUAUGAUUGACCACGGUGUUUUUGCCAAACUUUCAAACUUAGUGCAACUUCAUUUACACCAUAAUGAAUUAGAAGAAGUUCCAUUCCCACUCCCCAGCUCUCUGGAGCGACUCCUCCUUGGUUUCAAUAAGAUUUCUCAGUUAUCUGGGAAGGCACUGGAAGGAUUACCUAACAUAACCAUGCUUGACCUUUGCAAUAACUUUCUCGAUGACUCAGUACUCAAAGGAAAACCCUUUUCAAACAUGAAAAAUUUAAUGCAGCUCAAUUUAUGCAACAACAAAUUACAGACCAUGCCUCCUGAUCUACCAUCAUCACUUAUGUAUCUCUCUCUUGAAAAUAACUCCAUUUCUUAUAUUCCAGAAAACUAUUUCAACAGACUUCCAAAAAUAAUUGCUCUAAGAUUGUCCCACAAUAACCUGCAGAACAUUGCACGCAACACCUUUAAUCUACCCAACCUUCUAGAACUUAAUCUUGGACAUAACAAAUUGCAACAAGUAUUCUAUAUUCCAAGAAGUUUGCAGCAUUUGUAUAUUGAAGACAAUGACAUUGAAAUCAUAAAUGUUACUUUAAUGUGUCCAGCUAUUGAUCCAAUGAACACCAACCAAUUAACCUAUAUACGGGUGGACCAAAAUAAGCUUACGAUUCCAAUAAGCACAUAUGCAUUCUUUUGCUUCCCUCACAUUCGAGCCAUUUAUUAUGGUGAACAAAAUGUUAAUGUCAGCAAAUCAACUCAGUUAAGAACACCAGUGUUUCGACGAUUUUUAACACCAGAAGAAUACCAUGAAGCAGAAGACGAUCAUGAAACACGUAAUCACGAAACCGAAGAAGAUCAUGAAGUAGAAGACAACUACUUUCAUCCUUACUUUCAGUGAAGUAAUUGUUAAUGAGUAUACAUGGAAACUUUUCCUUAGUUGUGGGUUAUUCAUACAUUUUAGAACAGUUGGAUAGUUUGGAAUAUUUAAGAUACAUAUAUAAAGCAGAGAUAGGAUUUUAGUGCAGGGAAACGUCCUAUUAUUGUUGUAAAACCCCAUAAUAUUAGGAACAAAGAGCACUCACCUCAGUAUUAGAUAGCAGUCUGAUAUAUAACCUGGGAUAUAUAACCUACUACUGAGAGCAGACGAAAAUAGACACAAUAGAGAAAAGAAUAAAAGGGUAAGAUUACAAAAAGCUUCCACAAGGUUCUUCCAUAUCUUCUAGAAAUACAGAUGUUUCUUUUUCCAAUUCUAAUUGGACAGGAAAAUAACAAACUUUGAGUUUCAAAUCUUCCUCAUAAUAUGUUUGCAGUGUCCUGCCAAGGUGUAUUAUAUUUACUUCUCAGCUUGUACCCUAGCUAUCACAAUUCUUUCAAAGGAGACUUUAGCUUAUUAGUAACAUAGUCAAUAAAUAGCCUUUUGUCAAAGGUCUCAGGAUCUAGGAAAGAGGAUGUGCACUAAUAAAACCGAUCCACUAGUAUUUACAUUUUA